GAAGCUGGAGAGGUGGAUUUCAAACCAAGUCGGAUGGCUGUGAUUGCAAAACAUGUUGAGGCUUUCAUUAGGGAGUUUUUCGACCAAAACCCACUUAGUCAGAUUGGUCUGGGUCAUUUCAAAGAGCUCUUCCUAGAGCAUGCACCACCUCCUCCUGCCCUUGCUGAAUUUGCCAUUGCGAACUUGAUCAAGAUGGGUUUCCCACAAAGAGUAGCAGAAGGUUCUAUAGCAAUUUGCUCCUGUCACAGAGAAGCUAAAGCAGGUACUAACAAGGCUGGCCCUUGUGCGGCUUGUACAAAGUGCAAGCAGUAUUUCAGCCUUGAUUGUGACAUUUAUAUUCACGAGAGCUUGCACAACUGCCCUCGCUGUAGUAGUAGAGAAGAAGCAUUUCAAUCAAAUCAACCAAGUGCUCUGAUUCCUCAGCUGGAAUCGCCCGUGGAACAGAAGCAACAACAGCAGCACAGAUCUUCGCCGGAGUCUAAUGAAGUAGUUGGGAGCCGGCUGAGGAAGAUAAGCUGGAUUUCUCUCCGGCAACCUGAACACAAAAGCAGUACCCUAUCAAUGUCCGCGAGGAGAUUGGGGAGAAUCAGUGUAGAGAUGUUGAGAUCUGAGAGUAAAGGAGAAGUACUGGAAUGUGAGAACAGGUAG